UGGUUCGACAUUAUACAGGAAUUACAGGGAGUGAUUUCUUUGAAUUUCUGGAUAUUAUAAAUAAGCACAAUGAAGAUUUUUAUUCUUAGCAUCCUGGGGAUAUCGGCCUUUGUGAGUUUAACGAAUGGAUCUAACUUCGGACAAAGGUUAAUGCAGAAUGACGAUGAAGCUGAGAAAAAUGCUCAUACCUUAGAGGGUCCAAAUGUGUGCAUCAUAGAGGAAAUCCAAGGUGGCAGCUAUAGGAAGUUACACACAGGAUGUGGAGGAUGGUAUAAACACAGGGAAAUAUGCCAACGUAGUACAAUGCUCCUCCAAGAGUGCUGUGAAGGGUUUGAACAAGUUGAAGGUGAGAAGGGAUGUACUGCAAUAAAACCCCUAAAGAACCUGGUAGAAGUUGCAAGGGACCUUGGCCUGGAGUCAUUCCUGUCUAUAGCUGAUGGGGACGGACUUCUUAAGACGUUGGAAACAAGAGGAGCUUUUACUGUCUUUGUCCCAAGUGAGGAGGCAUUCAAACAGGCGAAGAAUGCAGCAAACAUCGUACUGGAGUACCACAUGGGUAAUGGAAGAUACAAGACUAAAGCAUUGAAACAUACCCAAGAAGUGGAGAGUCUUAUCUCAGGAAUGAACCUUAGGAUUGGGAAGUACAAUAAUGGUAUCAAUACAAUGAACUGUGCAAGAAUAUUAAAUGGUAACCAAGAAGCUACCAAUGGUGUCAUUCAUAUUAUUGACAAAGUUCUUGAUGUUCCAGUUAGUUCAAUUGUUGAUAUUCUUCAGAACGACCCGAGGCUAACCAAGUUCAAAGCUUUGUUGGAACAGGCUGGUAAACUUGAUAUCUUAAAUUCAGCAGGACCAUUCACCAUAUUUGCACCAACAGAUCUUGCCAUUGAAUCCGAUUCUCAAAUUGAACUGAUUAUUGCAAAUGAAGACGGGCUUGCAGCUAUGUUGGAUAGUCAUGUUCUGAAAGGUCUGAUCUGUUCUGCCGCCCUUAUUAAAAGUCAUCAUCUUACGACAUUGGAGGGAACUCGCCUCAAUGCUACAUGCUUGCCAGGGGAGAGGAUUUCUGUCAAUGGAGGCAAGGUGAUUGAGAGUGAUAUUAUCGCCACCAAUGGUGUUAUUAACAUCAUCAACAAUGUUAUCAUUCCAGAGAAAGCCAAGACUGUACUUGCACUUGCUAAGAACAUAGGAUUGACUACAUUUGUUGAGAGGCUUGAGGCCCAGAGUCUGCAUACAACACUGGAUAUGGAGAAUCCAAAGUUUACCCUAUUUGCUCCUUCUAACAAGGCAUUUGAAAACCUGCCCAAAGAGAUCCAGAACAAACUGGCUGUCAAUCCAUCAUAUAUGCGUGAACUCCUAGAGACCCAUCUUGUUAUUGGAAAAUUGGCAUCAAACUCAUUCAUCGAUGGUCAGAUGAUUCCAACUUUUAGUGCUGUAAAUAAUCUAAGAGUUAACGUCAACAGAAGGAGACUGUCCAUUGAGAAUGCCUGUGUGACCGAUGUGGAUCGUGUUGCUAGAAAUGGGUUCAUCCACGUUGUAGAUAAAGUCAUUAUACCAGCAACAAAGUCGGUUCUUGAGAUUCUAGAGAGUGAUAUCAAUUUCAGUUCCUUGCACAUGGUGAUACAAUCCUCAGGUUUUGCCUUACCAACCUCAGGCAGGAUGACAGUUUUCGCUCCUCUGAAUGAGGCCUUUGAUUUGAUACCAACCGAUAUCCUCAAUGACCUGCUGGAUGACCCUGAAGGUCUCAAAAAGACUGUUGGAGGCCACGUCGUCCCCGAUAUGCUGUAUUCCAGUUGUGCCUUCAACCGUGAAAGGGUUGUCUACCCAUUGGAAACCAUGGCGGGUUCCACAACCACCGUGCGCAAUAACGAUGGAAGGUUGUCAUUCGGCAAAGCUAAGGUGGUAACUGCUGACAUUAUGGCUACAGAUGGUAUUAUACACAUCGUUGACAAGGUCAUCACACCAUGAAGGUCAUUUUAACACGACACAUCAUUUUAUAACUGAUUCCGAUGAAGCUACAGCGAGAGCUUGAAAAGUGGCGCAUAUUAUGAGAUGUAUCAAUGCUAAAACAAUAAUACAUGUGCAGUUUCGACUAAGGCGAGUUCAGAGCGAUUUAGUUAUCCUAAAUAAGACAUUUUUCUCCCCUUUGAUUUGAGACAAAGGACAAUUUGAAUUGAUUAUAUGUAGAGGUAUAUGAACGAGUUCUUGAUUGUACAUAAGAAUGGAAUAAACUACCUAAAGUAGGCUAUGUGAUCAGCAAAAAUUGAGUUGAAUUAUUCUUUAAUCCCACAGAAAUGUUAUCACACGAUAUCACAUUCUCUUUUAUUGCAUCUAUAAUAACAUAAUAUUAAAGGAAAUAGAAGGGAU